AUGGUGGAAGCUGUCAUCUGCACUCAGAGUUGGUUCGAAGAUUCAGGAUAUUUGGAGAAGAAUAGCGUUAAAUCUGUCUACAUGGGAAUGCCUGUCCUCGGGAGGUGCCAAUACAAAGCUGAAGUGGGCAGCAAGAGAGCUAGAGGCGAAAGCAAGAAGUCCUCCACUGUUGCUGUGGCCAGACCCUGGGUUGUCCCAGCACAGCAGGUCCGCCAGUCCAGUGAACGGGCAGUGCUGGGAGGACAGAGAAACAGGCCACUUGCUCGACAGCCUCAUCGUGGUGCUACUGUUGAAGGUGGUGUUGGCGUCGACGAGCGGCUGGGUGGCCGGAAGGUCUUCCUCGAGGCUUCCAAGAAGAUUCUUCGGAGAAAUCCACAGCAUUACAUGGCCACUGCUUGGGACGUUGCCUUUGUUGGUUGGUCCAUGAUCGUGUUGGGUUGGUUGGUGUCCCCCAUCAUCACCUUGCUCAUGCCCAAGAUCCUCUCAUACUUGGGGUUUGGGUUUGACACGUCCCAGAAGCUCCAAGAGCUGGAGUUCCACAUCAUCCCGGAGCUAGAGAACACGCUGCGAGCCAUAGAUCAAGAGAGGAUGCUGGAGAGAGGGAAGAAAGUAAAAGGCGAUGUGGCCUCACUGGACAAAAUUUCCGUCAUGCUAAGGCACGCCCGGGAGGAUGCGGAAGACAUAUUCGAUGAUGACCAGGAGAUCAAGUUGUAUCGCAACAGGUUUUGGCAUCGCCUGUACCGCGUAUUGGCCACAUGCAUCGGUCGCUGCAAAAGUAGCUGCGUCUGGAUUUCAUGCAUCGCCCAAAGUGGCUCAGCUCCGCUAUUGCAGUCGGCGCGGGAGUUCUCCUUGCGUAGGUCAGAGGAUGGACUUACCCAAGUGAUUGGCAUCGUCCGGAGCGGAUCAGCUCGGCUAUUGCAUUGGGCGCGGAAGAUAUCCUUGCCUGGGUCAGAGGAUGUACUUCCGGUGACUACCGGUGUUGCAGACUCGGAGGGACCAGCUCUGAUGGCUACAAAUGGUGCUGUCACAGACGAAUUAGUUUCACUGACUACCAGUUGUUCCUCGGUCUUAGUUGGACCGGAUCCACUGGCUACCAAUGCUGCCGCCUCAGAUGGAUUGACAGUUUCGGUGACUGCACCCUCAGAAUCCUCGGGAUGGCGGCUCUCUUUCUGGUGCAGCUCCUUCGAGUUCCUCAAGAAUUGUUGUAGGUCCAUAUUCUGCUGGUUAGUUCAUGCAAUUGAGGCCACCCACAAUUAUCGGGACUGGUCCUAUGACGUGGUUGGCAUCACAGGUUACAAGGAGAAUGCUAGCAUAUUAGAUUUUGUCCUUACUGCUAUCUCGAGAUGGAAAUUGAAGAAAAGAAUAGAGAAGUUAGGAAACACCGUCAGUGAAGUGAAGAAGUCUCCACUCUUGGGUGUGGCAAGCAACAACGCACCAGAUGAUAUUGCCAACAGGAACAGGAGCAGGAUUAGAACUGCUAGCAAGCGGAAGGUAUUUGGUCGAGAGUUGUUGCGUGAUUAUAUCAUGGCAAGGCUCCGUGAGACACCAAAGCGUGAUGCAGCAAGCUCGAGUGCUAAUCCAUGUUACUCAGUGAUAGGUAUAUAUGGUGUUGCAGGGUCAGGGAAGACUACAUUUGCAGGAUAUAUUCGAGAUUACAUAAAGGAGGAAUGCAGGGAGGAGAAACUUUUCGACACCAUCAUGUGCAUUCAUGUGACAGAAACUUUCAGUGUGGGCGAUAUAUUUCAUGAUAUGUUGAACGAUAUUACCGGAGAUCGACACUCCAGUAUUUCAGAUUGUGUGGAACUUGAAGACAAACUGAAGGAAGCAUUGCAUGACAAACGUUUCUUCUUGAUAUUGGAUGAUGUAUGGGUGAAGAACAAGAAUGACCAACAGCUGGAGGAGCUACUCUCUCCGCUAAAUGUGGGGAUGAAAGGAAGCAAAGUCCUGGUGACGGCUCGAACAAAAGAUACAAUGCUAUGUGCCGAUAGACCUAUUAAAAUGCCUGAUUUUGAAAAGGAACAUUACUUGAACAUGUUUAUGCAUUAUGCAUUGGAUGGUACAAGUUUUGCUCAUGAAGGAUUUAUCUCAGUUGGGAGAGAGAUUGCCAAAAAGCUACACCAAUCACCUAUUGCAGCAGUAACAGUUGCAGGAAGGCUUGGGGCAAACCCAAAUAUCAAUUUUUGGAAAAAUGUUGCAAAGCUUGACAUGUUGAAUGACACCAUGGAUGCUCUUUGGUGGAGCUAUCAGCAUCUUAAUCCGGACAUCAGGCGUUGCUUUGAAUUCUGCAAUAUUUUCCCCAGAAGAUUCAAAUUGGAAAAAGACCAAUUAGUCCGUCUGUGGAUAGCACAAGGGUUUGUAAAGACCAGUUGUGCAACAGAGGAGAUGGAAGAUGUAGCCGAGGGCUACAUUCAUGAGUUAGUGUCAUACUCAUUUCUGCAACGAGAAGGAACUAGUUCUAAUACUAAUUGCUUUACAAUUCAUGAUCUGCUGCAUGAUUUAGUAGACAAGGUCGCUGGAAGUGAUUUCUUCAUAAUCCAGAAUGAAAGGAGCCAGAGAGGAGAAGGAUGGAAAGGGGAUGUCCCUCGAGAUGUCCGCCAUCUAUUUGUUCAGAAUUAUGAUGCAGAAUUGAUUAGUAAGAAGAUCCUUGGAUUGGAAAAUUUACGCACUCUUAUCAUUGAUGUUGUUGAAAAGGAUGCACUGGUUGAGGGAAAAGUCAUUGAGAGUAUAUGCAAGAGGCUUCCAAAAUUGCGGGUACUAGCGGUUGCUUUCAGCGCGAAACAGUUUGGAAUCAAGGAACCCAAAAAGUUCUCGGUACCAAAAUCUAUUGCUCAGUUAAAGCACCUACGCUAUCUUGCUUUCAGGACAGACUACUCAUGCUCUGUAACUUUACCAAGCGCACUAACUAAACUUCACCAUAUACAGCUCCUAGAUUUUUACCAUGGCAAAAUGUUGGAAUUCCCCUUAGCUGACCUUGUCAACUUGCGACACAUGUUCUGCAGUGGAGACUCGAAAUUCCCUAACUUGGGCAGGCCGAUAUCACUCCAAACGCUACCAUGCUUGACAGUAAGCAAUGAACAGGGUUAUGAGAUAAGGCAGCUGAGGGACCUGAAAAAGCUUCGUAGACUGGUGAUCAGAGGCCUUGAAAAUGUUAAAAGCAAGGAGGAAGCUCUUGAAGCCAAUCUAGCUGCCAAGGAACGGCUCACAAAACUGACGUUGGAAUGGGGUGGGGGUACAAGGUGCAGUCCAGAAGUUGAAGCAGAGGUACUUGCGGGCCUGUGCCCUCCCGUGGGGCUUCAAAAACUUGAAAUACGAGGAUACAGAGGUUCAAGGUACCCAGAUUGGAUGGUGGGUAAGCAGAGCGGUGGCUCAGAGGGCCUGCGAAAUCUUUAUCUCGAAGGAUGCAGCCAACUGGGACCAGGUCCUCAAUUUGAGGCUUUCCCUCAUCUUCGUGUGCUCCAGAUUUGGUUCUGCAGCUGGGACUCCUUGCCAGGCAACAUGGAGCACCUGACGUUGCUCAAGAAACUGAAAAUCAUGGGAUGCGAGAAUAUCCGGUCUCUUCCAACACUGCCCGAGUCUAUUCAGGUUUUGCAUCUUGAAUUCUGCAACCAUGAGUUGAUGAAGUCUUGUAAAACAGCCGGACAUCCAAACUGGCAAAAGAUUAAGCACAUCCCGAGGAAAACAUUUUUGGUGAUCCAACAAAGGCAGUGAAGGACGUCUGAUGUUGUUGCAUCAGUCAGGAGAGGCUUUAGGCAUGGCAAGACAGUGAAGGACAUUUGAUCAAGUUGGUUGGAAUGCCCAGCGGAACUGCAGGUCCUGGUGCUUUCUCUUUUUCCAUCGACAGGAUGUGUUGCUGUUUCAUGAAUGUUGUCUCACGUUUCUCCUUCUUUACCUCAUUUGAAGUGGUGUAUGAUAUUAAAAACCUGCUUACUUUUCCACUUAGAUAGGCUGCUCUGCAUUUUAGAGGAUUCAACUGAUGUGAAUGCCCUGAAUGUGUAGUCCGUUUUCUCUCGUUUAGUUCUUCUUUUAGGAUUGUCUUUGUUUGGAAGUGAAGGACGCUGCAUGUUUCCAAUGCUGGCAUCUGGAAUUCA